AUGCCCCCUAACUGCCAUUGUCGUCAUACUCUCCUGUCUGCCUCCUGGUUUAUCCGUUCUUUCUUUAUCUCUCUUUCUUUCUGUCUCUCUGUCUCUGUCUCUGUCUCUGUCUCUGUCUCUGUCUCUCUCUCUCUUAUAUAUCCUCUUUCUAUAUUUUUCUUUCUUUCUUUCUUUCUUUCUUUCUUUCUUUCUUUCUUUCUUUCUUUAUUAGAUCAUUUUUCCUAUUAUAUUCCGUCAAUUCACCCAAUACAUUUUCUUCAUGAGAAUAAAUUUAUCUUUUCUAUUUUUGUCUGCCAUUUUCCUUUCUUGUUUGUCUUCUUUCCUUCUUUCUUUCACUCUUCAAUUAUUUUUUUUCUUUAUUUUUUUUUUUUCUUUUUCUAUUUCUUUCAUUUAUUUAUCUUCCUUUCACUCGUUUCUUUCUUUCUUUUUUCUAUUACUCUUCAAUUAUUUUGUAUUUCUUUAUAUUUUCCUUACUUUUUCCUUUUUAGCUACUUCCUCUUUCUUCUCUAUCUUUCUUUAUUUCUUUCUUUAUUUUAUUCAUUUAUUUUGUAUUUUUUUAUAUCUUCCUUAUUUUUCCUGAUUAGAAAUUGCCUCUUUUCAUAUUUUUCUUUCUUUCUUUCUUUCUUUCUUUCUUUCUUUCUUUCUUUCUUUCUUUCUUUCUUUUUUCUUUCUUUCUUUCUUCCUAUCUAUCUAUCUAUCUAUCUAUCUAUCUAUCUCUUUUCUUUCUUCUGUUUUCGACUCAAUCCAUAUUUCAUUUUAAUAUAUUUAUUUUCCUUCUUCAAUACAGUUUCCUCUUUUCCACCUAAUUGUGUCUCUCUCAUUCUAUUUCCUAUAAUUAUCAAAGUUUUCUGUUCAACUCACUCACUCUCUCUCUCUCUCUCUCUCAAUAAGCCCAAACCUUUCAAGACCCAAACCCUGAUCCUCACAAAUCAGAAACCCAUAUCCUACCCUGCUCACUCCUUCUUCUUUUCGUAUCUCUCUUCCCUUUUCACCCACUUCAUUGGCAAUCAGGGAGGCUAUUUUGUCCCUAAAUCCCUUGAUGUCAAGAAAGCCACUUGUGCCUGGACAAAUUACUUAUGGUGA